UACAUCAAGAAAAAAUACAUCUGCAUACAUUUAAAUAAACUUCGAUAUCUAAACGUAUUCAAAAGCCAUUUGUAUUAAAAUUAUAACCUAUUUUGUGUGAUAUAUGCACAAAUAUUUUCAGGACAGGUUGAAGGCGUGAUUAGGUACUCGCAGUUUUUUGAAAAUUUACCGUCGCCUCGCGCGUCACCAACCAGAUAGCACCUAGGUAUUUAAAAUCGCAAGUUGGUAGGUGUUUCAUAUCAGUCUCAAGUUAGUUCAGAGACUAGAAGCAAGUGACAUAAUAGUAAAAAAUGGAAAAGAACGAAUUUCUACAAGCAAUCGAAAAGGUUUCGAGUUUCAUUGUAAAUUACUUGGAAACAGUUGGUGAAAAGAAUGUUUUACCUGGAGUUCAACCCGGAUAUUUAACACCACUCACUGAAGAAGAAUGCCCUAAAAGUGGAACGAAUUUUGAAGAUAUCUUUACAGAAUUUCGUGAGAAAAUUAUGCCUGGAGUGACACAUUGGGCCUCGCCACACUUUCAUGCUUAUUUUCCAGCUGGGAAUUGUUAUCCAUCAAUGGUUGCUGAACUAAUGAUGGCUGGUAUCAAUAAUGUUGGAGUUAACUGGGAAGCUAGUCCUGCUAUGACUGAAUUGGAAACCGUGGUUUUAAAUUGGUUAGGGAAGAUGAUGAACAUCCCUGAAGAGUUUCUGAAUAGUUCUGAUGGUCAUGGUGGAGGAGUUUUCCAAAAUACUUCAACUGAAUCAACCCUCUUGUCUUGCAUAGCAGCAAGAAAAGCAACAAUAGAUAAAUGGCUUCAACUACGCCCGAAUUGGUCAGAAUCUCAAAUAUCCUCGAAACUAACAAUCUACACCUCAAUCCAAUCUCAUUCCUCUGUAGAACGAGUUGGCAGUAUGACGGCUUUAAUCACCCGAAUUAUCCCUUGCAAUGAAGAAGGCAAAGUGACCGCGGAAAUCUUACAAUCUGCUAUUGAAUCUGAUAUUGCCCAAGGACUGAUCCCUUGUUUCUAUGUGGCUACUAUGGGUGCAACAACAACUUGCUCAUGGGACGACCUCAGUGAAGUAGGACCAGUAUGUGAAGCGCAUGAUGUAUGGAUGCACGUAGACGCAGCAUAUGCAGGAGCUGCUUUAACCUGCCCAGAAUUACGUUACAUCUCAAACGGUCUAGACUACGCAAAAUCAUUUGCAGUGGGUUUACAUAAAUGGUUCCUAAUGUCAUUCGAUGUGGUGGCUUACUGGUUGAAAGACACCACAGCUCUUUCUGAUGUCAUGUAUGUCGACAGGGUUUACCUCAAACAUAACCACAACAAGGGUAUUGAUUUCACCCAUCUACAAAUUGGAAACGGACGUAAAUUUAAAGCUUUAAAAGUUUGGAUGACCCUAAAAUCUUUCGGUGUAAAAGGUGUGCAAGAACAUAUCAGAAGAAGUGUUAUGUUGGGGCAGUACUUCGAGAAGUUAAUGACGCAAGAUAAGCGAUUCCGAAUUGCAACUUCCGGGUUUGGGUUGGUUGUAUUCGCGUUGAAAACUGGCGAUGAGGACACAGAAGAACUAAGACGUCUUAUUAAUGAAGAUAAGAAGAUUAUGUUGACGCCUGCACAUUAUCUCAACAAGUACGUAAUUCGUUUUGCUGUGAAUCACAGCACCAGAUCGGAAGACGUAGAGUUCGCGUGGGAUGUGAUUAGGAGCACUACUAAUCGCAUGGAGAACACCUACAAAAAGUCCGAAUCUGUUGAUGUGCUCAUCGAAAACGUUGGAGAUUAUCUCAGCACCAUCGAGAUUUAAAUUUAUAACAUUCUGUGAUUUAUAUAUAGAUGAUAUGUAUUAUAUUUUGUAAUUUUAAAUUAUUUAUUGUAAGCUCCUGAAAACAAAUAAAAUGCUUGAACUAAA